CACCCCACCCUAUUUUUUUGAUUUGGAGUAGUAGUAAAACACAAGUUACUACUACUACUCCCAUUUUCUUGGUUCUUCAAUUAUAGAAUCAAAAUCUUUUCCUUUUUUUUAUCACUACCUACAAAGCCAAUAGACUAUUCUAAUUUUGUCUCAUUUUUUUUUUUAGUUAAUUUGCUGUUUGUUAGUUUUCUUCAUACAAUGAGACAAGCACAACAACAACAACCAUUUGCUGCUCUUCCGCGAACAAGCAGCUGCAAAAGCUCGAAAAAAAUCAUACCUGCAAAUAACAAUACUUAUUCGCGGUCUUACUCUUCAACUACCCGUGAUUAUUCAACUGACAAAUCUCUCGUUCUUCCUAACAACGGAAGCUCAUCAUCGUCUUCUUCGAACAAUUUCAAUCGAUUAACCAAAACCCGAAUCGGAGUUUCAUCUCUCCUCCGAUCACUAAUCAGCAUCAUCUCAUUCCCUUCCGUACUCCCUACUUGCCGAUGGCUAAAUCUCCCGAAUCAGUUCUCAAUUACCCCAUCCCUCGGCCGGAAAGUCACCGGAACUUUAUUCGGUCACCGGAGAGGCCAUGUCAGCUUCGCCGUACAAGACGAUCCGAAAUCCGACCCGGUUUUACUAAUCGAGCUCGCAGUUUCUACGUCGUCGUUAGUGAAAGAGAUGUCGUCGGGAUUGGUCAGAAUUGCGUUAGAAUGCGAGAAAACGGCGGCGCCGGGAGGUAGCCGGAAGAGAUUAGGGCUAUUUGAAGAGCCGAUGUGGACGAUGUAUUGUAACGGGAGGAAAUGUGGGUAUGCAACAUCGAGGUUAUGUACGGAUUCCGAUUGGCAUGUGUUGAGUACAGUGCAGAGUGUUUCCGUCGGCGCCGGAGUGAUUCCGGUGGUGGAUGAUGGCCGGAAAAUUAGUGCGGCGGAAGGUGAGUUGUUGUAUAUGAGAGCGAAAUUUGAACGAGUUGUAGGGAGCCGUGACUCAGAAGCUUUUUAUAUGAUGAAUCCAGAUGGUAAUGGAGGACCUGAACUCAGUAUUUUUCUUCUUAGGAUAUGAAAAAUAGAAAAAAAAAUUGAUAUGAAAAUUAAAGAAGAGAAAAAGUUGAAAUGAUAAUAUUUAUAAUCUUUUUUUUUUUGUUUGAGUAUUUUGAAUUUAUAGUGUGUUUAAUUAGGUAUAUGUAAUGUUUUUGGUUAGUGAUUUUUUGUACUUUUUGUUGUAAGUUUUCUAUAUGUAUAUUUGCAUGAUCAUAUGCAUGAUUUCUUC